UGUCGGUCUCGCGUCAUCCCGCCACAUCGAAUUUCGCGGAUAACGAGAGUCUCGAAAAAGACUCGUAAAAAAUUUCAUGAGGGAUUUAAUUAUUUGAUGAUCGUAAAGGAGUCGAGGAAAAUCCGGAUGUAUCUCGUUUUAGAGUAGAUGAAGUGACGCUGAGUAUCGACGUUUUCCCCGGGAGAUGCUGUAACUGCGUUGGAGAUCUCCUCUGACGUAUCCGCUUCCCUAAAAUCGAGAUAUUUUCUUCGUUCAGGUGAACAGCGGCUGCAGGACAGGAGUGGGGAGGACCGAGACUAGAUGCGCCGCUGAGAGGAGUGGAGAUAGCAAGAUACCUGAUUGUCUUGGGGUAUCGAGAAUCAGGAGAUCACUGCUGAUAUCGAGAAUGGCGUGCUGCGGAUGUGGGGAGGAUGGGUCGAAGGUUGAGCCUGGGACGCCUGAUCAGGAGGAGCCGUCGUUGGGCGAGGGUGAGAAAGUUUUUACCCAGAACAGAUCAUGCACUGAUCUAGCUGCACUCAUUAUCCUCGUAGUGCUCGUUGGUGGUUUUGGCUUCUUCAUGACCACUGCCAUCAAGCGAGGUGACGUCCAUCGUUUGGUAAAUGGCUAUGACGAUUGUGCCAACGUCUGCGGGCGCAUUACACCAUCCGAGACAAAUCCGGAAUUCAGUUGCAAAGGCGCUGACAUGAGAAAUCUCAAGUAUCUUCAUGUCGCGGUGGGCACCAAUGGUGUCAAAAGCCGGAUGUGUGUGUCAAAUUGCAGCAGCUUCGGUGACCAAAUUCAGUUCCUCAACCGUUGCAUACCUAAAAAAGUAACCAGCAGUGCUAAUUCGGUGCUGAAAACCCUGGGACUGGAGAGUUUUUUCAACGAGGCAUCGAGCGACCUGAACAUCGCCUGGCGCGAGUUAAUCUAUCUCCUGCUAAUUGCUCUAGCAAUAUCACUCGGCAUUCUGAUAGCUUUCCGAUACAUCGUAUCGUACGUCAUUUACAUCGUUCUCAGUGGCUCAGUUGUCGUUUCCAUUGGCGGAACAAUUUAUCUCUGGCUUGCUUGGUACCAGGAGAGAAGAGCUGUUAAGACGGGUGAGAUACAUGUGGAUGAUUCAAGUGUAACACCGUAUCUCAUUUAUGCUAUUCUCAUGACAAUUGUUGCUGUCGUCACUGCACUAGUUGUUCUCGUUAUGAGAAAAAGAAUAGCUCUUGUGGUGCAACUCUUUCGAGAAGCUGGCAAAGCCGUUUACUCGAUGCCAGCGCUACUUCUUCAACCCAUUUACACGUAUCUUCUCAUUGGUUUAUCCUUUGUUGCUUGGGUUUACUGUGUACUGUGGAUCGAGAGCGCUGGGGAACUUUACAAAAAUCGGAAGAAUCAUCUGCAUUAUAAGAAGGAUGCUAUUCUUGUGACUGCCCGGUGGUACAAUAUCUUUAUGUAUUUCGUAAUGGCUGAGUUUUAUUUCGGCUGUCAGCACAUGGUGGUGGCCGGUGCCGUGGCCCGAUGGUUUUUCACGAGGGAUAAAAAACGCCUGUCACUGCCAGUGACACGCAGUACAUGCUGUUUGCUGCGAUUUCAUCUCGGUACAGUGGCAUUUGGUGCCAUGAUCAUCGGUAUUGUGAGAUUACUGCGCGCUAUCAUAGCAUUCAUUCAAAAUAGACUGAAGGGAUAUGAUAAUGACUUUGUCAAUGGGAUACUCUGGUGCUGUCAGUGCUGCACGUGGUGCUUCGAGUGUUGUCUCAAAUUUCUCACGAGAAACGCUUAUAUCGAAACUGCAAUUUACGGAUGCAGUUUUUGCACUGGGGGAAAAAAAGCAUUUCGUGCACUCUCUGAUAAUAUUUUGAGGGUAGCGGCAAUCAAUAGCGUUGGAGAUUUUGUGCUAUUUUUGGGGAAGGUACUCGUCGUUGCGCUCACUGUUCUCUGUGGAGUUUAUCUUAUACAGAAGAAGUAUGGACUGCACCACCCCUGGGUGCCAAUUGCGAUCGCCGGAGUGUUCGCCUUCCUCGUCGCCCACUGCUUCAUUUCCAUUUACGAGAUGAUCAUCGACACGAUUUUCCUCUGCUUCUGCGAGGACUGCGCUCGCAACGACGGCAUCAGUCGGCCCUACUUCAUGAGCCGCGGCCUGAUGGAAUUCGUGGAGAACAGCAAGAAGGUGCUCAAGCAUCUGGAUAGUCAGCCGUCUCCGUCCCCGUAAAUAAUUCAAGCAACGAGAUUGAAUUCAAUCAAAAACGCACUCAAAAGACUGGAUGAUUCAAGUGUAUUCUCGGUAAUUGCACUCGUCAAAGACAAUUACAAUUACAUAUUCAACGUCCAGCGACUCUUCGAUGACAUUGUCCGGGGCUAAUCACUUUGAUACAGCCCACACACUCCCCUCAGCUUCCUCAGUAAAUAUUUCGCGGUUUUUCCACGAUUGAAUGGUUGAAAUAAGUCAUAGUUAAUAUAAUUAUUGAAUUUCACUCGGAGGAAAUGAGUGAAUAAAUCAUGUGAGAUGAUUUUUUUAAUACCUAGGUAUUUUCAGAGUUUCAUCAACUGAUUGAAAUGUAGACUAUUUUUUACUUCCAUCGAAUUUUAAUUAGUAUUCCUUUGGGUGGGGAUCCCAUGUUUGCAGAGAUUAAUUUUUAAACUGCUUGGAAUAUUUUUGUACCGAUUCAUACAUUUAAUAAAUUAGUAUUAUGUAAAUUAUGUUAAAGACUCAAUCGAUGUGGAAUUAAAAACAUGAAAUACGGAGUCCGGA